AUGCCCAGCCCCUGUCCUGGGGACACCAACCUGGAGGGGAUGGGAACAACCCCAAGGAACAACAAGUUGGUGUUCCUGAUGGUGUUUGUAAUGCGGGGCAAACCCCACCUGCUGCGGGGCUCGGGGUGGCGGCAGGACAGGACAAGGCAGCGCGGUGUCUGCGGUGGGAGCGGGCAGCACCCCGGGGGACACAGCCGUGUCACCAGGAUACGGCACCGCACAGAGCAACAACGCUCCGAGGGCUCCUCCGACACCGCAUCCCGGCGAUGCCGCUCCGGUUUCACCACCGGAGCAUCCCAGCGUGCCGGGAGCUGGGAGCGGCACCGGCUCCACCACCGGAGCAUCCCAAGGAGCCCGGAGCCGGGAGCUGGGGAAGCCCUGGACGGUUCUGCCGAGCAUCACCGGGCACGGGCGGUCCCACGGUGCUCUCCGCGGGAGCGCAGCCCUGAGCGCGGCGGUGAUGCCGGAGCCCGCACGGAGCCGCACCCCGAACCUCGCACCCCGAACCCGCGGGGACCGCGCUCGGGAGGCGCCGGAGGGACGGGGCGGGGGCGCGGCGGCAGCGAGAAAAGAGCACGGCGGGGAACCGGGGGGUCCUACAGCGCGGGGGAGGCAGCGGCAGCGGGGCGGGGGAUGGAGCCGGGCGCGGACACAUCGCGGUGCGGCGGGGCACGGAGCGGGGCGUGGGGCGGGCUGUGCCCCAGGACCCCCCGGCCGGGCUCCGGCGCACCCCGGAGCCCCCGCCCGGUCCCCGGCGCUCCCCCUCCCCGCACCCCCGCUAUAGCGCGGCCCCUUCCCCCCCCACCCCUCCCAUACAUCCCCCCCAUAACACGCCCCCCAUUCUCCGGUGCCACCCACCCGCGACCCCCCAUCGGCACCGGCCGCGCCCCCGCACCGAGCCCCCCGCCCGCCUGCCCACCCACCCCUCCCGAGCGCUCCCCGUUACAAGCCCACCACCCCCGCUAUACCGCGCCCCCUCCCCAGCCCCGCGGCGGAGCGGAGCGCUCCCGCACCGUGCCCCGCUAUAGCGCGCCGCCGGUACCUGCCGGCGCGGCCGCCCGCUGCCAUGCUGCCGGCGGAGGGGCUGCGCGGGGCCCUGCUCCGCCUCGCCGCCGCCCGUUCCGCCGCCGCCCGUUCCGCUCCGCCCGGGGCUGGCGAGCCGGGGCCGCGCCGGGCGCGGGGACACUGCGGCGAGCCGCGCUCCCGCCCGCCGCCCGCUCGCUCCGGUGA